AUGUCUAUAGCUCGGCUACUCACCGAAGACUCUAAUCAUGAGCCGAAAAAGGCUAGAAUGGAGAUUCGACCAUCGUUGAGUUUUUCGGACGAGAACAAGAUUGGAACCAUAUGGCCACAUGAUGAUGCUUUAGUGGUCACCCUCAGGAUAGGAGGGUAUGAUGUGAAGAGGAUAUUAAUAGACCAGGGCAGUGGUGCAGAGAUUAUAUUCCUUGACUUGUAUAAAGGGUUUAACUUAAAGCUCGAGGAUUUGACAGCCUAUGAUUCACAUUUGGUAAGCUUUGAUGGGAAAGUUGUCAUCCUAAUAGAUCAGAUUAGAUUUCCUGUGCAAGUAGGUUUAGAGGUAAUGGAGGUGGACUUUAUUGUAGUGGAUGUUUAUUCUCCUUACACGGCCAUUGUGGCUAGACCCUGGCUUUAUGCCCUAGGAGCUAUUUCUUCAACUUUGCAUUUGAAGGUGAAAUAUCUGUCAAGGGACCAGAUUGAAGAGUUUAUGGGGAGUCAAUCCAUGGCUAGGCAGUGCUUGGUCGGAGCUCAAUUGCCUCCUUUGGAGAAGGAAGAACUAUUAGCGUUUCUGAGGAGGAAUAUUGAUGCAGUAUCGGAAGAGGCAAAGUGUGAGAGGUUGGAGGAAAUUGCUAUAGAUGGUAAUCCGGAGAAGUUUUUUCAGAAUACUUAUGAAGCUCCAGGGGUGGAUCCAUACUUCAUUUGUCAUCAUCUGAAUGUUAACCCAGCUGUCCUCUCGAGGAAGCAACCACCUCGACGCUCAUCUAAAAAGCAUUCUGACGCUAUUAAGGAGAAGGUGAACAAGCUUAAGCAUUCUGGGGCUAUUAAGGAAGUUUUCUACCCUGAGUGGUUGGCCAAUAUAGUGGUAGUGAAGAAGAAGAAUGAGAAGUGGCAGCAAGGACUUACUGAAGAUUUUAAAGGUGCAAUAAGCUUGGAAACAAGUGAAAAGAGGGAUCAGGUAGCAUCAAAAGCCUAA